AUGCAGCUGAUGAGCGAGUUCUAUGGCUCAGCACAGCUGGUGCCAUAUGACGGCAAACAAGUGUCAAACUUCCGCUCCACCAUCCACAAGACAGAAAAAUUCAAAGAUAUGCAGGAAACUUUGGAUUACUUCAGAGCAUUGAAAGAAGAAGACCCUGAAUUCUUCUACAAGAUCAAACUUGAUGACAACCAUAGGGUUGAGAACCUGUUUUGGGUGGAUUCAGCUGCAAGGCGUGCUUACAAAGAGGAAUUGCAGGUGGCAUAUCAUGACAAGUUUUCAGGCACAAUUGGACCGAUCCUUGCUAAAAAUGAUGAGCUAAAUGAGGAGUUUGUGGAUUGCUUAAACCACACUGUAAGCCCGGAAGAUUUUGAGUCAAAGUGGGCUACUAUGGUCCAGAAAUAUGGUUUGGAGGACAAUGAGCAUUUUCAACACCUAUACCACAUAAGGCAGAGCUUCAUACCAGCCUACUACAUGCACAGUUUCUUCCCAUUCCUCCAGUCGACUCAAAGGAGCGAGGGGUUCAAUGCUUUGUUGAAGAAGUUCUCCAAAGAGUUUGAGAAAACUGCAGAAUAUGAUGUGAAGCCUGUAGGGCAGUUCCAAUAUUGGUUGGAGCCCAAUAAUAGCUUUGUUUUCAGGUAUGGAAAAAGGAACUAUCUUGUUACAGCAAUAGAAGAGGAUGAAAGCUAUUGCUGUGAAUGCAGCAAGUUUGAUAGGGAUGGAAUCAUUUGCUGCCACAUUAUGAGAGUUAUGGUCAGAAUGGGUGUGAAAUUAAUACCAGAAAGGUACAUCCUUAAAAGGUGGACGCAACAAGCAAUUGCUAGUGAUACUAAUCAGGUCCAAAAUGUGAAUGCACCAGUGGGACUUGUAGCCCGUGGGAUGCCAUUGACUAGUGAGAAAACUUUGAGAUUGACCAACGCAACCACCGCGUUUGUAGCAAUAGCAGUGGAAGGUUGUACAAAUGAUGAAAACUAUGCUAUUUUGGAGAAGCACAUCAAGGAGAUGCGAUCUGAAUUUGAAGAAAUUAAGAAAAGGACGAUGGCAAAUAGGCAAAACACUAGUGGUGCAGAAGGUGGUGCUACAGAAGGUGCACAAAAUGGUACAGGUGUCUCUACUCUAUCUGGACCUUCAUUGCAAACUGCAGGUGCAGUGGCUGGUCCAAAUACAUCAAGUGUAGCGAACGCCCCAAAAUCAAAAGCUAAAGGGCGCAGGAAGGAGAAGGCACACAAAAAAGGGAUGAAUGGUCAAGCAAAGAGGAAGAAUAAGUGCGGCAUUUGCAAAUCGUAUGAUCACAAUGCAUAG